AUGUCUGGGUUCGUCGCACAGUCCAACUUGAAUAUUCUCCGAUGCCUCAACCUAACCCCGCUCCAGUUCCACGUCGAUAAUUUGUCCAGUGCACACGUAUACGUCCGGCUUCGCGAUGGCGAGUCAUGGGAUAGUAUUCCGGAGGAGCUCCUGGUAGACUGCGCACAGCUUACCAAGGCCAACUCAAUCGAGGGAAACAAAAAGGAUAACAUCACGAUCAUCUACACGCCCUGGUCGAAUCUGAUGAAAGACGGGUCGAUGGCGGCAGGUCAGGUUUCGUUCCACAAUCACAAACUGGUCAAGAAGGUCUUCGUUGCGGAGCGAGAAAACGCCAUUGUCAACCGACUCAACAAAACAAAGGUCGAGAAGUUCCCCGACCUCCGGGCGGAGAAGGAGGAGUACGCAAAGGUGCAGCGAUGGGAGGAGAGAAAGGUGCGGGAGGGGAAGAAGAACAAGGAGAAGCAGGAGAAGAAGGAGAGGGAGCAGAUGAAGUGGCAGAAGGACCACGCCUACGAUGACAUGUUCAGCGAAGAGAACCUGGAGGCCAGCAACAACCAGGACCGGGAUGCAAACUUCGAAGACGACUUCAUGUGA